UUUCCCUACCUGGUGCCAUACAUAUUAAAGAUCGUAUACAGCUAUUUUGUACUAUAGCCGAAGACGAAACACUCGUUAUUCGUUAUUAUAUAGUGGUACGAGAAUUUAAUUGUUGCUCGAGCUCCACCGAUAAUAUACCUACCCAAUUUUAUGAUUAUACGUUAAGCCAGAAGUGAUUGUUUUAGAUGAAAAAAAAACUUGUUGUUGUUAUUGUAUAAUAGUUCCAUGUUGCUCCGACUGUAGUACUUUGAUAACUAGCCACAGCAGCAUAGCGACGAUGAGCAGAUGAAACAGAAAUUUUGAUUAACAAAAGCCAGGCAGAGGCAGAGACAGAAACAGAGAAGCAUAGGAGAGGAGCACAUCUAUACACCACAUGGAAACCUUCUCACGUCCGUUACGCGUUUACUCGAACUCGAUUUCAUCCAUUCAACAUUCAACCCUCAUUCACGAAUAGAUCGUUUAUUUUAAUGUACGUGUAAAUCUACGUGUCGCGUAUUUUUUAUAUAUUAUUUUAUCGUCGAUUAAUUAUUUCGAUUCGGGUACCGGUUAAAAAAAUUUUCGGUAUGUGAAAUAGUGUAAGUGCAAUAUUAUUACGUGGUAGCUGGACACUGGAAGUGGACUCGACUGGACUGCAUUCGACUGUGAUUCUGGUCAUAAUAACUCGAGAAAUUGGAGCAGUUUCAAAUAGUACCUGAAGAUACACACUUUGAACAACACGAAGGUCAUCUAUACAUAAGAUUAAUAUAUUCAGCCAAGACGUGAAAUCCCAAGUAUUAUCUAUAGUUGAAUUUACAAAGGUAGGCAGAUUGCUUGUUCGUCGCGAGAAAUACCUAACAACCGAAAAAAAAAAAAUGGUCAGCGUAAUUAAUAAACAUCCCUACAGAUGCGGAUAUCUGAUUAUUUUGAUAGGAUUAGUCGUACUGUUAGCUUGGGAACUACUGUUCGGUUACAUAUUGAAUUCUAAACUCGUCCUGGUAAAAGGUUCCCAAAGUGAGCACAUAUGGAAAGAGAACCUAGUGCCUAUUUAUUUCAAAGUAUACAUGUUCAAUUGGACUAACCCGGAGGAAACUUUGGCUAAGAAACAGAAGCCUAAUUUUCAAGAAAUCGGACCUUAUACUUUUAGGUUUUCUCAACCAAAAACCAACAUCGUAUACAACAAAAACCACACCGUUACUUUCUCAUCUGAUCGGCUUUGGCAUUUUGAAGCGAAAAAAUCAAAAGGCAGACUUUCAGAUCGUAUAACCAAUAUUAAUCCCAUAGCAAUGUCAGUCGGCGACCGAGCUAAAAGUCAGUCGUUUUUUAAAAAGCCAUUCAUAAGUAAAUUCUUGAGCUUCAUGGAGAAAGAAGUAUACGUAACGAAAACCGUCGAAGAGCUUCUUUUCGAAGGUUACGACGAUCGAAUUCUAUCAAUGGCGACUACAUUAAAGUCGUGGGGAGCCAGCGUAGACGAAUUCUUACCGGAAAAGUUCGGAUGGUAUUUCGAUAAAAACGCAUCCAGCGACGUUACUCUUUACAAUGUGAAUACUGGUACUGAUGACCUCAACAAUCUGGGUAAAGUGAAUUGGUUCAAUUACAAAACACGCUGCGGAGUUUAUUCCGAUCGAUGUGAUCAAGUACACGGAUCAUUGGGUGAUCUUUGGCCAAAGAACUUGACUAAAGAAAAAAUCGCUUCUUUAUACAUAUCAGACUUUUGCAGUUCAUUCGACUUGACCAGAAUGGAAACUCGUAGAUUAUUUUGGACAACCGGAGUACAAUUCGUUGGCACCGACAGAACAUUCGAUAAUGGAAAUAAAUAUUAUCAAAAUCGAUGCUAUUGUAAAAACAACAAGUGCAAUUAUCCAUCUGGCAUUAGAGAUGUAUCGGAUUGCGUCCAUGGUCCAAUUUUCCUCUCUUUUCCUCAUUUUUACUUGGCUAGCGAGCAAUACAGAAGAGAUAUAAAGGGUAUGCAUCCGACUGCUGAAAAACAUCAGUUUUCCAUCACCGUACAAAAGGAUUCUGGAAUGGUAAUGGAGAUUUUCGCCAGAUUACAAAUCAACGUCAGAGUUGAACCUUUCUCAGGAUUAGGAUUUUUCUCAGAUUUACCUAAAAUGAUGGUGCCUACAUUAUGGUUCGAAGAAUACAUCGAAAUGCCUUCCAGUUUGAGCUGGCAAGUUAGAAUAGCUUUCGGCCUAGCCCCGUUAUUAAUAUCAAUCAUAGGAUACGGUUCUAUAAUUAUUGGAAUAGUUUGUCUUAUUUAUGGACAUAUUUCCUACACCAUUCGACCAAUACCGUCUCCGAGUGCACCUAGCCUUAAAAAAGUCAAAUCGUGAGCACACUAUCGCGAAUUUUUUGCAACACAAACGAGUCAAAACUGAUAAGAUAAGUGAUUUCUUAUCAGUGUACGUGAUCUCAUUAACGGUUUACCGUAAUAUUAGGUGAAUCAUGGUACUGCGCAUUUAAAAUAUGUACUCGUACUGUCGUACUAAGCAACAAACCAUAAUUAUUAGUCUAUAAGUAAAAAAUCUGACUACAUUGCUCAUAAUACAAUUGUAAUGUGAUUAAUCAUUAAUUUUUUAUACCUAUUCAAUAGGUAGGUAAGGUAGUUGGAAAUAAUGUUCGUUUUAUAGAAGUGUAGGCGACUUGCUGAUAUGGUUUAUGCACUUUGUACUCGUACAAUGGUGUCUACAAUAGAUGUACCUAACUACCUACUCGGUACUCAGUUAACGAGUUCUCGUCAUAAAUGUACCAAGAGCAACAUGGGAGAAUUAUAUUAGGGAGGCAGAAAGUUAAUUUUUUAAAACCAUAAACCAGACACGUUUUUAAAUCUUAGAAACACCUGCUUUCCUCCAAAUUUGAAAAUAUAUGUACUAAAUUUAUGGUCAAUUUUGCAAUUUUUCAUGCACGAGUUCAUUUUAAUUGCUGUACUAUUCGAGUUAGAUGUGCUUGCCUACCUACCUAUCAAUCUACCUACCUACCUAUAAUCCCACAUGUGGAUGAUUUUUUGUGAUUUUAUCAUUAUAUUGCCUAUUUUUAUACAUCUUUUUAAGCGAAUACCUAUUUUUUUUAUAAAUUAGAAUUAGUGUAAAUCUUGUUAAACUUCCUGAUAUUUACUUAUGUGUUAACAAAGGAACCAAUUGAAGCAACCAGCUUUGAUUUUCAACAAAAUCUGAAAUUUUGGUGCGAGAAUUUUCUUUGGACUUUUUUCGUCUCUCCUUUUGAACGUCUAUUUUCCAAGAUAGAAACGUCAAAUUGACAAUUUUGAUAAUUAUGGAGAUGGUGGUUAGAGGGGGGGGGGGGCAUUUUUCAAAAAAACGUAGAAUGUCGAAAAAUGCACUUAUUUUGAUCACGUUGGAAGUAGCACCGUAAACAAGUUGACUAAUGACUAUUGAAGCCCUCUCCCCCGAAAAAAAAGUUUUCAGAGUUGUGAUGCCCGAUAUGUCAAAAUUUGAGAUUUUAGAGCAGUUUUUGAAACAAAAAUGAACCCAAAAAUAUCCAUUUUUCACUCAUGUCAAAAGUUACUCUCAAAACGUGAGUUUUUUAUGCAUUUUUCUAAAAAAAAAUUGGGUUCAAGGUCAUUCAUUCUAUGUAACGUAAAUUAGACCAGAAUUUUAAAGUCAUGUCUUUUUGAUUUCGAACAUUUUUUUAGCGAUUGAGUCAUUUUUGUGAAAUAUGGUAGCAGAGCGUGGUUUAUAACUUGGACUAGGUAUUCAUUUAUUCAAUGUGAAUUUAAGGGAGUUCGAAAUCAUGUCACUCGAGUUUUUUGACAUUUUUUCUUUUACAACAUUUACUAACAGAACAACAAUUGAGUCAUAUUUUGAUUUUGUGAAAUAUGGUAGCAGAGCGUGGAUUAUAACUUGGACUAGGUAUUUAAUGUGAAUUUAAGGGGGUUCGAAAUCAUGUCACUCGAGUUUUCUGACCUUUUUUUAUGACAUUUACUAACAGAACAACAAUUGAGUCAUAUUUAAUUUUGUGAAAUAUGGUAGCAGAGCGCGGUUUUGAUUAACGUGAAUUCCAGAUUGAAUUUGUACAAAUAUAUAUAUCAUUGUAUUGUCCCUUUGAUGACUACUUUGGAUUGGAAACGCUUAAAACUCAGUUUUUCAGUUUUCUUGAAAAUGGUAGCAGAGCGUGGUUUUAGUAUACACAAAUUCAUGAUUGGAUACAUACACAUAUCAUCAUAUUGUGUAACACUAAUUUGGGAUUGAAACUUUUGAAACUCAGUUUUUCAGUUUUUUUCAAAUAUGGUAGCAGAGCAUGGUUUACAACUUGUACUAUAAUACCAUUCCAUGUCAAUCUCGGCUUAACUGUGAUUCACAGCUCUGUCUUUUGAUUUUACUCAAUUUAUAUUUUUAUUUUUCAUCAACAUCUACCCGCCUAACAUUAAGUGAACUAUCACCAUUUUGAGCCAUUUUAGAGCAACAUGGUAGCAGAGCGUGGUUUUAAUUUGCAUGAUUAGUCACCUAUACAAAUUUCAUCAUGUAUUUAUACUUUUAUACCCUUAAUUUAGCGUUCAAAAUCAUUAUUCAAAUUUUUACAUUUUUUUUUCAAAAAUGGUAGCAGAGCGUGGUUUUUUUAUAACUCGAAUCCUUCAAUGGCAAUUCAACUAGGGUCCAAACAGUCAUGUCUUUUGAUUUUGCUCAAUGCUUUUCUGCUUUUCAUCGACCUCUACACAUCCAACAGAACAACAAUCAAGCCACAGGGCUUGCAAACCAAAUAUAAUAAAAUAAUAUGACUCAGUUUUGAUUUUGGUUUCAUGUUUUUUGAAUAAGUCAAGGUUUUGGUUUCAGUUUUUAAAUACAUAUAUCGCUCUUCACUUCCAGUUUUGGAUAAGGGUUUUGAAUUCAAAGCCAUUGGUUUUGGUUUUGAUAUUUUCCUUUUUUCUCCAUUUUUUAGAGGGAAGACGCCCAAGAAGGUGAUCACUUUUUCAAAUACUUUGUGUAUGUGACUAGAAAGCGGGACUUUUGCAGUUUGGCAGUGCCAAAUUUAAGUUUUUACCUUUAUCAACAAUUUUUACUUCAUUUUUUACCAAAAAUGCAGUAUUAAUUAGGCUAAUUACCUAAAAAAAAUCCAAAACCAAGACCAAUUCAGUUUUAAAUUGGUUAAGGUUUCAGUUUCAGACUUUGAAUUUGAGAAAUAAAAUAACACUCCUGGUUUUGGUUUCGGUUCAGUUUUGUUGAGGGAAAAGGGGAAAUAUUUUUUGCACGACGAAAAAGGGCGUCAUCACGACAAGCAUUUUUUCGUUCAUAAAAGAUGAAUGAACGACGAAAAAUUAUGAAGUUCCACGCCAGAUGACGCCCGACAAUAAAGUAUUUAUGAACGACUACGAUUUAAUAACGAGAUAAGCAGUAUUCACGACAAAAUAAUUUCAUACACGACAGAACAUUAUGAGUUCAAUUACGUUUAUAUUUUGUACAAAUGUUAACAAAUGAUCAACUGAGGGUUUAUUUUAAAUAAAUUUGAGUGAAAUUGUGACUCAGUAGAGGAGAACCAAAUUGACCUAAGCGAAGCGAGGGAAAAAUCUUAGGCAAAAAAAUGAGAAUUUUGAGGAUAGAUCGGCGAUUUUGACGACAAAUAAACAAUAAUUAAAUACAUGAUUGUAAAAAAUUUGAAUUUUUGAAAACUAUAAACUAAAAUAUUGUUGGAAUUUUUGUAUUUUCUUAACUUUCUUGAAUUUCUCACAAUUUCCCAAGUUUUUCCUACUUUCGCGGAACCGGAGGGGGGCAAACUGUCUCUCCUUAGCCCCCUUUCGCUUUUCGUACCUGAGGUCAAAAAACGAAGGGGGUCAUCAAAGUCCACCAAACAUUACUUCUAUAAAGAGCAAUUUUUUACAUACCUACUUCGUUUUUUUGGUAUCAUUUUAAUAUUUUGAAACGUUUAUUUCUGUUGGUGAAACGCCUGUUUUUGAUAGAAAAAUGUUGUCGUGCAUUGCCUUAUAUAGCAGUGGAAAGUAAUUAAAUGUCGUGAAUUUUUUAAUUCGUCGUUUGAUACAUUAUUUUGUCGUUGGAGUACCUUUUAUGUCGGGGUAAGCUCUUUAUUGUCGGGAAUUUCCAAUUUAGUCGUGGAAAUGAUUUUUCUGGCGUGAAAGUGCCUAUGCUUGUCGUGCUGACGCCCUUUUUUGUCGUGGUAUUAAAUCACACCCGAGGGAAAAUAACACUCUUGUUUCGGUUUUGGUUUUGAGUAAUUUUAAUCGGUUUUUGGGGAUUUCAGUUUCAGUUUUGGUUUUGGUUUGCAAGCCCUGUCAAGCCACAGCCAUUUUGGAUCCUUUUUUUUCUGAAAUAUGGUAGCAGAGUGUAGUUUGAGUUGGUGUGAUUGACCAAAUUUGGUUUUUGAAAAUUUGAACUAAAAUUGUUCAGUAUUUUUCAAAUAUGGUAGCAGAGCGUGGUUUAUAACUUUUGGGCUAUUUUAUUUUCAUGUCAAUUAACCAGUGCCGUUACUAACCAUUAGCCACCGUAAAAUUGGAUUUUACUCCGACCAAUGAAAAUGUGUUUUACAUUUCCGUAACCUCCCACUGUGUUAUUUUUGUAAGUUUCAAUUUUAUAAUUGUGAAAAAAAGGAGAGUGAAAUAAAAUAUGCACUCGUUGAAUAUCGUCAAUAAAACAGAUUCACAAACUCCUUCGAUGAAUUUAGUUAUCUCGAUUAUCUGGAAUUUCACUCAACAUUUUCUGAGUUAAUUUAUUUUGUUUUUCCACAGUAGACUGAUUUCCACAUAAGUUAUUAUUGAUUAGAAAUUUUGAGAACUAUUUUCUUCUGUAAAACUACUCCUACUAUUUACUUUAGAUGAGGAGAAAAAACAAAAUAAGUAGGCCUAAUGAGAAGGAAAUAUAACGAGAGUGAGAAUACAAAUCUUUUUUAGCAUAAACUCUUUGGCAUUUUGAAAAGUAAAUUCAUUCUAAUCUAAUCGAUUUGUAGAUCAGAGUGAUUGAAUCAUUCGUAAAAUGUAGAUCAAAAUUCAUUCUUUUCAGAAUUCAGAUUGGAGAAUUAAAUUUUUGCAAUGAAUUGCAACACCGCGAGCAAGAUUUGCUACAGUUAUCAUUAUCAAUUAUCAAUUCAAUUAUCAUAAAGGAAAUGACAAGAUUGCAUACUGCAUAAAAAAUUACUCAUUUGUAAUGAAUAUGAAUCUCGUAUAUUUCCACGAUAGAUUAAUAUCACGCGAAAUUGGACAGUUUGAAUUUAUUUUCAAGUAAAAAUUGUAAGUUUGUUAUCAUGAUUAGGUAUCCUUCUGGGUGUGGGGAAUACGUUUUCAUUGGUCGGAGUAAAAUAUCCAAUUUUGCAGUGGCUAAUGAUUUCUCUGGUCUCUAAGUCUUUUGAUUUUGCUAAAUUUUUUUUCAUCAAUAUUUAUCCAUCCAACAACAAACUAGUAAACCACUGCUAUUUCAAGUAAUUUUUGUGAAAUAUGGUAGCAGAGCGUGGUUUUCAGUUUGUGUAUUAGGGACCUACAUAUUACAUAUUACAUCACACUGUACCAGUACCACUAAUUUGGUUUUUGAAAAUUUGAACCCAAGUUUUCAGUGUUUUUCCAAAAUAUGGUAGCAGAGCGUGGUUUAUGACUUGUACUAUUCCAUGUCAAUUCAAGAAGGGUUUGAAGUUAUGUCCUUAUGUCUUUUGAUCUCACUGAAAAAAAACUUUAGCAACAUCUACACCCACUCAAUAAUUAAGAAUAUCUAAAUCGGUGACUCAAAAAUGGGGGGAGGGUGGGUGUUGCAACUCCUUCCUCAAUUUUGGGACUUUGGAAAAAAAAUGUGGAAGUCAUGCGAUAUAUCGGAUAGUAUGUUUUUGAUGACACUGAACACGAAUAUGACCUCAUUUUUUCGAUCUGACUUCGUCUCCCCCCCCCCCGAGCCCGCCUUAUAUCGGCCGCAAAACCUGACCUCCAAAUGGUUGUUGAAAGUCUCCAAAUGAAAAGUAUUAAGGGCUCAGUAGCGAUCUAUUCGAAAAGAGGAGGCAAUGACAAUAUCAUUUGAGUCAAGUCAGCUGAAAUUUUGAUAGCAGAUGUUUUAAAACCCAUUCUGAAAAUUGCAUCCAUUUUUGUUGAAAUCAAAGAAUGAUGCUUCAAAUGGCCUUCAUGUUGGGUUAGGUCAGGUAUUUCGUAGUUUUUUUUAGUAAAUCAUAUCAAAAUUCAGAUCAGAUAUCUCUAGUCUAAUUUACUUAAUAGGUACUGUGUAAAUCAUUCAAAACUCAGAAUACCUAAUUAGCAUUUCUGUCUUUGAAUUUCAUCAAGGUAAAAUUACUUAUAUCAAAAAAUGCUAAAAUAUUUUUAAUUUAAAAAAAAUAAAUAGCGGUGCCAAAGUAAUGUUAAGUACCUACCAAAUAAGUAUAAUACGUCAUACUUUCGACGCUUAACAAGCGAUUUAUCUUUUGUAAUUUUAUAUUAAAAAGUCGCAUUCGAAUAUUUACAUUUUUUUUACGCGAAUGAAUAUUUUUUAAUUAAUGAAUGUAUCUAAAUGUAAUGUUAAGUAUACUUAUAUUGCAAAUGUUUAUAAUGAGCUUCAAUCAUCGGAAAUUUCGGUUGCAUUGAUUCAAUACGUGAUAAGGUUUGGACAUAAUUUUAUCAUCAAAGGCGAUAAAGAAGAUUUCAAAUGGCCAUGUAACUCAAAUUUUUUCAUCCUCGUGCUCAUUUGAAUAUCUACUGUGUACAAUGUAUUAUUACUCGUUAAAUUUCAGGAGGAAAAUGAUAUUAACUCGAAGAAAGUAGAAGUUUUGUAAUCAUGAUUAUCAUCCAUUAUGGAUUAUGAUGUAACGAAGUGGUCGGUUUAAAUGUUUGUGUACUUUUUCUAUAGUGAAAUAACAAUAAAUAUUUUCAAUGUUUUUAUACUUAAAACUGUGUACUUAAGCAUGACUGUUCUUUAAGAUUAUUAUUGGAUUUUCAUAAAUUCCUAGUAAGUGAUGAAAUAUAUCUUUUUUGUAAAUAUU